GAGUGAUUGCAGAGCAAGGAAUACCAUGGAAUGAACAAAUGGGAAUGAGAGAAUCCAGUUCAUUUGUAAAUGGAGCAACCAAUCAUGAUCUUGGACAAAGCAAUCCAACUUCUGACCAAAACACAGAAGAUCUAAUAGAAAAUAUUGACACAGAAAUGGAUGAGGAAAGUGGGGCAGUGGAAACAAUGGAAGAAAUGAGUUCUGAACUGAUGGAAAAUGGAAGUUUGUUACAUAAAACAGAUGGGAAAGAAGGAGAGAAUGCAGAUGAAGAUGAGCAAUGUAAAGGACAAACGAGAAUCAGAAAAUUCAGUCCGAUUAGAAAUGGAGGAAAUAAUCAUGACUUUGGACAAAGCAAUCCUCCUUCUGACCAAAAUACAGAAGAUUCAUCAGAAGAUAUUGACAUAGUAAUGAAAGAGGAAAAUGGGGCAGGGGGAGCAAUGGAAAAGAUGAGAUGUGGAUUAAUGGCAAAUGAAAAUCUCCUACACAAUACAGAUGGAAAAGGAGGAAUGAUUGCACAUCAAGAAAAACCAUGGAAUGAGCAAGCAAGAAUGAGCGAAUCCAGUCCAUUUGUAAAUGGAGCAACUAAUCAUGAUCUUGGACAAAGCAAUCCAACCUCUGACCAAAAUACAGAAGAUUUAAAACAGAAUAUUGACACAGAAAUGAAUGAGGAAAAUGGGAUAGUGGAAACAAUGGAAGAAAUGAGUUCUGAGCUGAUGGAAAAUGGAUGUUUGAUACAUAAAACAGAUGGGAAAGAAGGAGUGAUUGCAGAUCAAGGAAUACCAUGGAAUGAACAAAUGGGAAUGAGAGAAUCAAGUCCAUUUGUAAAUGGAGCAACCAAUCAUGAUCUUGGACAAAGCAAUCCAACUUCUGACCAAAAUACAGAAGAUUUAACACAGAAUAUUGACACAGAAAUGGAUGAGGAAAAGGGGAUAGUGGAAACAAUAGGAGAAAUGAGUUCUGAACUGAUGGAAAAUGGAAGUUUGAUACAUAAAACAGAUGGGAAAGAAGGAGAGAAUGCAGAUGAAGAUGAGCAAUGUAAAGGACAAACGAGAAUCAGAAAAUUCAGUCCGAUUAGAAAUGGAGGAAAUAAUCAUGACUUUGGACAAAGCAAUCCUCCUUCUGACCAAAAUACAGAAGAUUCAUCAGAAGAUAUUGACAUAGUAAUAAAAGAGGAAAAUGGGGCAGGGGGAGCAAUGGAAAAGAUGAGAUGUGGAUUAUUGGCAAAUGAAAGUCUCCUACACAAUACAGAUGGAAAAGGAGGUGGAAAUGCAGAUGCAGAUGAGAAAUGGAAUGAACGAAAGAGAAUGAGAAAAAACAGUGGAACUGGAAAUAACGUGAAUAAUCAUGGCAUCAGACAAGGCAAUCCAUCUUCUGACCCACAUACAGAACAUUCUCCAGAAAGCAGUGAUGCAGUAAUGAAAGGGAAACAGGGAACAAUGAAAAACAUUGGAAUGACGUGUGAACUGAAAGAAAAGGAAAAACAGAUAGAAGAAACAGAUUGGAAAGAAGAUUAACAAAGCAGAGACCACUGAACAAGAAAACCAAUCAAAUGAAAACAUAAGAAGGAGAGAUUUCAGUAAAAUUGGAAAUGGAGCAAACAAUCAUGACAUUGGAAAGGACAAUCAACUUUCUGACCAAAAUAUAGGAGAUUUGCUCGUAACAUUUGCAACCGUCAUGUAAGAGAAUGAUGGACAAUGGGAUAACGGGUCAAUGAUAAAAAAAAAGACAUACAAGAAACAACUGGAAAAGGUGUAGUGCAAGUUAUAAAGGAAAAGGAUGCUGCAAUUGUUGAAAUGUUGGCAACUGAGAAAACUCAAAGACUCCAGUAGUAGACAGAAAGAGAAGAUAAUAAGAGAAUUUUGAUUAGCAAAGGAACAGUGAGGUGGGAACAAUGGAAUAAAGUAAUGGUUAAGAUAAAAGGGAAACCAGCAUUUUACUCAAAAAAUGUUAGAGAAAAAUUAAAUCAAUCUUGGGUGAAUCAGUGUUAAAUAGGUAAACAUUAAUGGAUGAAUUCAUGGACAUCAAUGCAGAUGUAAAACAUGUUUAUGAGAUAAAUGGAGCAGAACAGAAACGUGGGUGAAAGUAAAAAUGAUGACAGGACAGUGCAGAAAAGAGAACAGAAUAUGUUAAAUCAUAUUCAGUUAGAACACAAGAAACAUCAAUGAAUUUUACAAAUCAAAGCAAUGACAUUUAAAUUGCCAACAUGUCAACCAAUGCCAACAUUGUGAGGAGCUAUUAAAUAUGGAAAGAAAUUAAUACCUUUCAGCGAAUGAAGUGAAUGAAAUUAUAUGUGAAAAUGGGAGCCAAGUGCAUAAUUUAAACACUUUUUUAAUGUACUUAAAAGAAAGGCAAACAAACUGAGAGCAAACAUUUAUGAAAGCAGUCCUAAAGUGGAAAGGUGAAUCAGAGCAGAUAAGACAGAAGAUGGUAGAUGGGUUGCUAAGAAGAAGUUUGCUGGCUGCCUUUCUGGUUUGUGUUGUAUGUAUUCAGAAUGAAAAAAAAAUAAUAAGCAAGUGAAUUUUAGUAGACUUUUUGUGGGAACAGUGGAUGAAAAUGGAGAAUCGGCCUGAACAAUCACAACAUUAAAAAUAUAAAAGCUGUUUUUUAGUUAAUUUUGGAUUAAUUAUUUCAAUCACUGUUUAUUCCUUUUUGUAGAUAUUCAGAAAUGAAUCAUUAGCAACUGAUUUGAGUGUAUCUUCUCUUAGUUUAAAUUUCUAAGUUAGAAUUGCAUCAAUGAUUGCUUUGAAUUGCUCAGCUUUAUCCAUUCUGCUCUUAAUAUUUUGUACAAAAUUGGAUUGUCUGGCAGAAUAUACAAAUUUGGGUUCAGUAGCUCUUACAACUUCUUGACUGCUUUCUGAGAAUGGCCAGACUGCCAAAAAAAAACAAAAUCAAACCAAAGAGAAGCUGAGCUGAGAGAUCUGGCCACUCCCCUUUCAUUGUACAAGUUUUUUUUAACAACUUGAGAGCCUGCUGCCUGAGGCAGUAUCUGUUAGCUAUAACAAAAUUGGCCCUAAAACCCUUCAAACCUAGAUUUUUCAGAGUCAGUGUCUUUUACGAACUCUCUGAAAAAUAAAACCAAGGACAACAUAACCUUGUUAAAGGAGCAGCAUCAUUACAACUCAAAGUCACCAAAGUAAUCUCUAACUAGAAUAUUGCAAUAAUAUGAUCACACAUUUGUUCAACAGCAAGAUGACUGUAAUCUAAGUCAUUGUCAUUUUUCUUUUAAUAAAACUGGUAAUAAAAUUA